AUUGCUUUCACCAUGGCACCUCCUCCAGGCUGCGGCAACAUUGACCCCGACUACUAUUUCCUCUGUGAUGUUUGUGCAGCCUGGGGCAUCGGCUUGGAAAGUCUGGCUGCUGCAGGCGCCCUGGCCUCCCUCAUCCUCUUGCUGGCAUUCUUUGUUCUUAGCUGGAUGGUCAAAGACAAAAACAAGAAAAAUCUGAUUCCCAUCCAAUUCCUUUUCAUACUGGGCACCCUAGGAAUCUUCAGCCUCACGUUUGCGUUCAUCAUCCGUCUCAAUGAGAAGACUGGCCCCAUACGCUUCAUCUCAUACGGGGUCCUCUUUGCCCUUUGCUUCUCCUGCCUUCUCACCCAUGCCUCCAACCUCAUCAAACUGGUGAGAGGAAAGCCCCCCCUUUCCAAGUUUUCAAUGUUGAUAUAUACCGUCGGCCUCACACUAAUUCAAAUUAUCAUAGCUGUCAAAUACACCGUUAUCACAGUAGAAAGAGAUGGCGUAGACAUGGCCAAAAUGGGGAGAGAACAGCGCAACAAGGACUUUGUCAUGCUCCUGAUCUACGUGCUUGUCCUAAUGGUUUUCUCCUUCAUUAUCUCCACGUUCACUUCCUGUGGACUAUACAAAGGCUGGAAGAGGCACGGUAUGCACAUUUGUGUCACUCUCCUUUUCUCCAUAGCCAUUUGGAGUUCAUGGAUCAGCCUGUUGCUCAUGAGCAAUAUCACUUCUGAUGGGGAUCAAAGCCAGUGGGAUGACCCCCUUCUUAGUGUUGCUUUGGUGGUCAAUGGAUGGGUCUUCCUCAUGAUGUAUACGCUACCCGAGAUCUGCUUCCUUACUAUCCCACACCAGCCUGAAGAUUACCCUUCAGAAGAGAUCCUCUGGAAGUCCAUAGCCAGACAACAGAGUGUUGAAGCAGGGAGUACUCAAGCUCCAGAUAAAGAAGGAGCUGAAGAAGAUGUUUUGUCCCCUCCGGAUGGAACUGGCUUCCAGCCAAAGAACCCUGAAACCAAACCGUGUUUCUCGAUUCCCCGGGCAAUGCUACACCCUGCAUACAGACAGGGAAUGAUGGUGCGCUGUGAAGCCAAGACGUUGGCCAAAGGCACGCAUACUUUGAUAUGA